AUGUACCGCGCACACGAGGAUGUGCGCAUUGUUCCCUACAAAUACCCCACGAGCAGACAUCCCGCGCACUCUCCCCUGUCGUCCCCUGAAGAUCUGACAAAGCUGACCAAGAUGCAACAGAUCGACUUGUCCGCUUGUUCCGCGGCCGCGAUCGACCAUCCCCUCUCACCUCCUUCGGCUUGUACCAUGGAUCGUCGCGAGAUUCAGUCCAAGGGUUCUGCCCUCCAGAAAGCGAUUCAAGCCAAGGAGCCCACCGACAGUAUUCUCAACAUCCUGCGCGACCUCAAAACAAAUGUUCGCCCAAGUGAAGAGCUUCUGCGAGCAACUCAAAUAGGCAAGAUCGUCAACAAGGUCAAAGGCAUGUCAGGACUUGAUCCCCAAGUCACUCAACUAGCCUCCGAGAUUAUCAGUCGAUGGAGACAUCUUGUGAACGAGCAGAAGUUGGCCAGUGGAGCAGGCACUCCUAACGGAGCAAGAUCCAACGGAACAAGCUCGCCUGCACCAAAAGCUGCCACACCUGUACCUGCUCCCAAACUUACCAGUCCUGGAAUUGCGCCGGACAAACGAAACUGGAAGGUCGACAAAGUACCUCGAGAUGAACUCACAAAUGACACAGCGCGGAACAACUGUAUAGGGUUGAUUUAUGAUGGUCUAUGUUUAGGUUCGAGUCAGCCUAUGAAACAGAUUCUCGAUCUCGCCAAGCAAGUCGAGUCUGCCGCUCUCAACUUGCCUGACGCCAAAGGCUCCUCCAAUUCUGCAGUAUACAAGGAGAAGAUGAGAUCACUGUACCAGAAUCUGAAGAACAAAUCCAAUCCUGGUCUUCGGAAGCGUAUUCUCUCGGGCGAGGUAACCCCAGCCAAGUUUGUCACCAUGUCACACGAAGAAAUGAAGUCGAAACAACAGCGUGAGGAAGAUCAGAAGAUUGCAAAGGAGAAUAUGAACAAUGCCAUGGUUGCACAAGAAGAGAAAAGUGUCAGUACCAGUCUGGAAUGCGGUAAAUGUCAUCAGAAGAAAGUCAGCUACUCUCAAGCACAAACUCGAAGUGCUGACGAACCGAUGACGACGUUUUGCGAGUGUAUGAAUUGCGGCAACCGGUGGAAAUUCUCUUAG